AUGCCUUGGCUUGUCGGUUACUGUGACAACUCUGCGGCGACAGACAGCCCCAGGUGUCUAGGGCGGACCCGUCUUCCAGCUAAUGCAAGCGACCCCAACAAUACUUAUAUUAUUCUAGUACAUGUGAUGAUGCACUGGCGUAUGAGUGUGCUUGUUGGAAGGACUUGCGACGACAGACACAGCGACGCUAGAGGUACCAGGGACACGGGGCCUUUGGGCAAACUUAGUAUCGUUGUACGAGUUCUACCGUCGGCAAUAGACCUCAAACUCGAAGCAGCAAGCAGGAUACUUGCAUGCGCUGCCAGCCAAACUCAGACCACAAAUAUGUCCCCCGCGGAGGCUGAACCACCUCGCCAUCAGUCACCAGACACGCUUAUGGCCGGCGAAGCAGCAGCAGCAGCAAAGUCGGCUACACUGUCGAGUGCAGCAAUAUCACGGAACCAGGAAACCCCAGGUACUGCAGCGCCGGUGGGUGGGGAAGAAAGCGCAAUGCCAGGAGACGCAGUUGAAGCCAAUAAGGCGCAGGGAGGUGCAGGCGAGGCUCCAGGCAGCGGUUCAUCUACAGUAGCCAACGCAGCAUCUGGUAACUCAACAGCAUCCUCAUUACAAACAGCACCGGUGGGAAGGAAAGUUGCAGACAACGCAAAUGAAGAUUCUAAAAAUGUCGCAACCAACAGAUCUGAAGGAGAUAGGAGCACUUUCAUCGAUGUACUGCAGCAUGACUUGAACGCGGCGGUACAGCGCGUAGAGGCGGGCCGGCUGCUGUUGGAGAGACUGCGGGGAGCGCUGCUUCAACAGGCAGCCGCAGCGUCAACGUAUGCUGCGUCACUGAACAGCGCGGCUGCCACUCUGAAGCCUCUGUCUUCAGAGUCAAGGACAUGUGCUGCCGCUGUGGAGAGUUACAGCUGCCUGUUAGGCAGUUCUGCCUUGCAAGCAAAAGAGCUCUCUGAUGCCCUCCGAAGAGACGUUGUUGCAUCUACACUUGAUAGGACAAUUGAGAACCAUGCCCAAGUCCUCAAACAGGUCGCCCGGGCUCACGUUCAUCUCUCGCUGAAUCGCUUGGCAGCAGGACAGUGGCUAGUAUUUUUGUGGAUGUUUCUUAUCGUCAAGGUCGCUAAUGGAGAGUGGGAUAGGGCGGAGCCAGUGUAUUUGCAUGUGCCUGAGGGUGAACUCAAAAGGCUGUGCCUCACCUCCCAUCCUUCCAUCGUCGUGGCUUACACUCAGGCGGAAGCUUGUACUGUCGGUAAUGAAUUCCCUCCUGCCAUAAUCUAUGUUUAUGUUCAGGUCAAGGUGGACGCUGCAGAGGCCCAGAGGCGAAAUCACCUAGCCGCCGUUGAACAUCAGCGGGCAAUGGAAAAGUACCUGCGCUGCAGCAAACUAGCUGUCGCAGCAGCAGAGACUGCACAGGCCUCACUGUCUUUGCUGCCCUCAACAAAGACGGAGCUGGCGCUUCAGUGUAUACGGCUAUCUGUGGAGGCUCGGCAAGCAGAGGAGGCCUACGUGAUAGCAGUGCAGGCUUUACAACAGCGUAGCGCAGCAACACGUGAUAGGGUGCGUAGUAUCUUGUCUUGUUUAGAGGAGAUGGACUUAAAACGCAUGCAGUGCCUCAAAGAUGCACUGACAAGGGCCGGCGUUUUUGUGGCAGCGAACCUGAGGCACAUGCAGUAUGAUUUAGAGCGCUGUAUCCAAAGCGUGGAAGGAGUCGACCCUGAAUCAGAUCUGCGAGAAUUCGUCGAUGAGCGGAGACUGCAAACGCAUCUGAACGUCUCGCUUCCUACAGUUGAGAAAUGGACUGUGUUAGACGCCGUAUACGGAGACAGCCUACAGCCGGCUGUCUGUAACACGCACACAAACACUGCCGCCACGCCCCUGUCCUCUGCCACGAGCGUGGCACGACAGCUGUUGCAGAAGUCUCCGCUACAAAGAGUCGUCCAAUCUGCAGCGAGUUUAGCUGCUUAUUCAAUAGGAGUUCCUGACACUUCUGCUGCAGAGGCCCCAGACAAGCAAGUGCGUGCAGGGACUGAAGGCAUCCAGGGGCUAUCGAGCCCUCCAGAUGAUGCGGUGCUGCAGCGCCUUCGGGAAGACUAUUCCGGGUUUAUAAACGCACUGUGGACACCCGUUAUGCAGGUACCUGGCAAGGGCGUCUUGCUGCCUGCUGAGACAUGCGCGUUGCUGCUUCACAAGAUGCCCCUCUUGCAGGAAGAGCUCACAUCAUCACUGCACAGGAAUGUAUUCCUGUCUGCGCUGGUGGCUACAAAGCGGAAGAAAGCUGAAGAAAUGCCUGACAGACAAGCACUGCUGCCUUCUAUGCUGCAGCUGCGGCUCCUGGGAGCCUCGUGUGAAUGGCUGUUGACGGCAGCCGACACUCAGCUAGAUGCUUGGUCGGGGAGGCAGCUGUUAUUGCUCGCUGUGGAGAUCGCUGCACCUGGAAGCGCAGCAGAUGACCCUCAGCAACACCAGCAUUGGGAUUGGCAUGAGGCAUUGAUACUGCAGCAGCAGCUUAACAGCGAAGACUAUCCGAAUGCCACUUCGGAGAGCCUGGAGUUAGGGAAGCAAUGCGCACAGCCCAGCAUUGGCACUAGCGGUAACAGUGGCAGCAUAGGCAACCAGAAUGAUGCAUGUAAAGAAGAUAGAGAACCCCCUACAGUCCGUUGGUCUCUUCAUCGUUGUGUAUACCACCAUCGCUACUGGAACCGCGUGACGUUUUGGGAGGAGGCAUUAGCGUUAACCGUCAGUGAAGAACUUCAGCGGCAAAAACUGUCAGAGAAGUGGCAGGCCGCGGGCCCAGAGGUGUUGCAGCAACAAGAAAAGCUGUUCAGGGAGAAGAACCCUUGCUGCAGCAGUCUCCCGUCGUUUGGCUCAUUCAUGUCCCUGUAUGGGAUUGCGACCGAGCAGGUCCACUCACUGUUGCUAUCAGUGUCGAAGCAUUUGAAUCUAGAUGAACAAACGAGCGAAAUGCUAUUGCACGGGGUCUCAGGCGUUGUUGCUCCACAAAACCAACUGCCAGCUUCCUCGGUUGUCAGCAGAAGAGGCAGCAAUGGCGGCGCAAGUAAAAUAUCCACCGGCUAG